AUGGAUCACUCCUACACCCCUCCAGCAUACAAGCUCCUCCUCCCAGCCCUCUUCAACGAAGACCCCCGCCGCGGUGUAAAAUGGUCCCCCGAGUCAUGGUGGACCGGCGAAGUCCUCAAAGUCCUCCAAAGUCCAAACCUAACAGUCCCAGCCUUCAAAUCCUGGCGCGAAAUCGUAACCAACAAGCUGGACGAAUGGACCCAAAAGUGCCAGUGGAUCGAAACUAACGUUAGAGAUUUCUCCAAGAACCACUUUCGAAUUGAAUCCGAGCAAAUCAUUUAUUUCCUUCAACAUGCCGUCGCUAGUAAGUUGUCGCGAUUCCGGCCAAGCUUGAAGGGGGCGGGUGGGUGUUAUAUUAGUCCUUGCUUUGAUGAACGGCGUCAGGCUAUUGUUGAGGCUUGUUAUGGGUUGGCUAGGCAGCUUGAGAAGGAGUGCGGGAGACAGAAUGUUAUGGUUGAGCCUUCGGCUCAUUUUAGCGAGAACUUGGGUAUGCUGAGUGUGGCUAUUGGGAGGCUUUCGCUUGAGGGGUUGAAUGUUGAGUGUUCGGAUGGGUUUGCUAUUAAUAUGACUAGGAAAGGGUUGCUGAAGGGGCUGUGGAGGUAUCCGCGUGAUCGGUAUCUGGCUAACCUUUGGUCGAAGCUUAAGCCUGUUGGAACGGGCUGCCAGUGUAUUCAGUGCAAGAUUGAAGCGGGAGAGGAGGAGUCUUGA